ACCACACUGUGACAUUGGCGAACUUAACUGAUGCUGCAGAUAACUGACAACAUAUACCACUCAUGGAUGAUAAUUCAGCGUCUUUUGUUUGGAGUGUGACGAAAUCACCAUGUCAGAAUUACCGACAGCCAGCGUUUUUAGAUGAAUAGGCAAAGUCAAAGCAACUUUCAACUGUCCGUAGGAACAUCGACAGCCACCAAUUCGUUGAAGGCCACACAAACAAAUUAUGAUGCAGUCAUUGAGUGAAUACCUUGAGACCAUUCUGAAGGAGUGUGGUGGGUUCGGACUUUUCCAAUUCCUCAUGUACACAGUGGUAAUGGGAAGUAAGCUGCCAGUCGCGUGGAGUAUGAUGAUGAUGUCAUAUGUAGGCGUGAUACCUGAUUGGUGGUGCGAUUAUUCCGUAAACAGAACAGACAGUCCAGUGACAGAAAUUCCCUGGAUGAACUCCUCUUUCCAGAAGUGUUCCCCACCAGUUAAUGCGUCCUCCGGUUCCUGCAGUCGACACAGGUUUCAGAAGAAUAUGUACAAUAUCGUAAAUGAGUGGGAUUUGGUUUGUGAUCGGGAGCUGAUAACAUCCACCAUUACAACUAUCCAAAUGGCGGGACUUUUCAUCAGCGGUUUCUUUUCUGGACAUUUCGCGGAUGCAUACGGAAGAAAACCUAUAUACUUCCUAUCUUUGCUGACCCUGGCUGUGACUAAUGCUAUCGGAGCUUAUUCGGUGUCCUGGCAGAUGUUUGCCGUACUCCGGUUUUUUAUUGGUUUCGCCGUCGGGUGCUAUAUUGCUGUUUUCUACACAUAUUUGAUAGAGUUUACUCCGGCUAGAUAUCGAGCUAUGACAACGACUUUCCCUAUAUGGGCAGUGUGGAGUGGUCUUUUCGCCUUUGUAUGCAUGUGGCUACACAAUUGGAAGUACUUGCAUCUAGCUUCGGCCCUCACCUCUGUCCCGUGGCUGUUGGCCUGGUGGUACUUGCCGGAGAGUUUUCGAUGGUUGAUAACACACGGAAAACAAGAAGAUGCCGUGAAGGUUGUUCAUCAUAUCGCGAAGACCAACAAGAAGGGCGUGCCUGAUUUGUCGACGCUACCAGAAGUUGUGGAUAAUGAUGUCUCGAUCAGCCAAUCGAAACAGGCAUUUACUUUGCGUGAUAUCUUAUGCUCCAGAAAACUUUUGUCGCAGAGUUUACUUUUGUCGGUUGGAUGGAUUACAGCCUCCUACGUAUACUACGCCAUUUCCUUUGGUGUGCAGAGCCUCUCUGGUGAUAUCUAUAUCAACAUCUUCCUCAUUAAUAUCAUCGACAUUCCCGCUCAGAUUGUGACCUACUACAUGGCCAACUGUAUUGGCCGGAGAUUGACUUGUCUGAUGUUCUUUGUCGUUGGGGGUCUGGCAGGUAUUGUGGUGGCAGUUGUGGAAGUUUCAGAUGUCCAACAGAAGGAUGUAAUAAUUAACGGAUUCGCCCUGACGUGUAAGUUAAGCGUUGGUGCUGCCUGGACUUCCUUGAUCGUUUUCACGGCGGAAACCUAUCCCACUGUUGUAAGAAAUAUUGGCAAUGGUCUGCAGAAUUCCUUGUCGAGGCUAGGAGGGAUGGUUUCGCCUUUAAUUGUUUACGUGAAUAACCGCGUGCCGGGAACUAUGUACUUUCUGUGUGGUGGCCUCAUGCUCCUAUCCGCCUUCUGUACAAUGUUUGUGCCAGAGACUAAAGGCGUACCCCUAAAGGAUACAAUCGAGGAACAGACACAUAAAACACCGGAAAAGGAAAGACUGUUACAAUCAAAUGAUAGGAACGAGUAUCGGACUACAGUUCCGGCAGAAAGGUCCUCCUCGGUCAACGAAUGACGCGGAUUUUAGUCUGUCCGUGUUUAAUGGAAACCGCAGGUUACUAUAUAUGUUCUGUGAAACAUGACGUCACCGUUUUCCUUGUGUCGCAAUACACAUUAAACAUGGCAUCCGUGGCAGUGAGGAAUACAGUGUGUGUAGCUUAUAUGAAAUUCAGAUAUCAUAAAAAUAUCUCUCCUUGUU